AUGUAUGACUCGGAUGACGGUUUUAAUAAGUCGCCUCCUAUGGAGGCGAUCAAACCCAACUAUGGAGAGAACGAAACACCACCACCGUUUGUUUCGACUAGCGAAAAAGAUGAUGCGGGUUCCCCUCCGAACCACCCAGAGAUUGCCGCAACGGCAAGGAUUGCUCCAUUGGAACCCUUACCUGGGAAUCUCAAAAACUAUAAGCAACCGCCUGACUUCGAUCCCAGAGGGAGGUCAAAUCCAUUUUUAAGGGACGAUCCUCCACGAAAGGCAUCAUUGGGACUCUUAACCUCAGGCUCAGGCUCAUGCUCGGCUUCACAUAAAGACACCGAGAACAAAGCCCCCCAGAAGAGAUUGUUCCCAGCCCCAUUACAGCCUAAAGAGCCAGAUGUUGAGAUUAAAAAUGAGAUUCAAAGAGAGCGAGUACCAUCAAUCAGUGGCCUGAGCCAACGAUCUCCACAAGGGUUGCCAUAUCUCAAAACGUCUUCGGAAAUCAAGUCUGAAUUUCCCCUCCCAUUACUAAAGUUGAGCCAAUCAGCUUCUGGAUCAUCUUUCACAAAAUCUCCAGAUAGCAGCAAUAAACAAACGCUGCCGUCUAUUCACAAAGCUAUCAGCGAAUUAUCAGACUUCGGCCCACCAGUCAACAUGAUCCCAUCUCCCUACCCCUUUUCCUCCUGUUCCGGAUCAACUACAUCGGGGAAUGAUUCUCCAUUCGACCGCGCUUUUCCGGGAAAAUUUUCCAUCCCUGCGAGUCCCUUCUCUCACUUUUCGCCGGUGAGCCUCAAGGACUCAUCUACCAACCCUUCUCCGGCCUCGCACUCAACCUUCUGGCGCGGGACACCCCAGUCUGAGAUGCUGUCCGUCCAGACCCCGUAUGAGGCCUCCCCUAUGACCGCAAAAAGCCCAGCGAAUAGUUAUCCUACGCCCACGGAACAGGUUGGCGUUGGUAUGGGUGAUCAACAUCCGCUCGCUGCAUCCACUCCCCAGCCCAAUGGGGGCCCCGUGGGCAGUUACAAGUGUACACAUCCUGGAUGCACUGCUGCACCCUUCCAAACUCAGUAUCUCCUCAACUCUCACGCAAACGUGCACUCACAAGAUCGCCCACACUUCUGCCCAGUAGAGGGCUGUCCACGCGCACUAGGCGGGAAAGGGUUCAAGCGUAAGAAUGAAAUGAUGCGCCAUGGACUCGUACACAACUCCCCAGGUUACGUCUGUCCGUUCUGUCCAGACCAGCAACACAAAUACCCGCGACCCGACAAUCUUCAACGACAUGUUCGUGUACAUCACGUCGACAAAAACAAAGACGACCCCAUUCUCCGACAGGUUCUCGCGCAAAGGCCGCUUGGUAGUGCCCGCGGGAGAAAACGAAGGAUGAACAAUACAUGA